AUGGCCGUGCCGGUCUCGCUCCAGAAGGACCAAGUCUGUGUCAACUGCGGCACCACCCAGACGCCGCUCUGGCGGCGAGACGACCAGGGAAAACCCACUUGCAAUGCCUGCGGCCUGUACUUUAAACUGCACAACACCCACCGUCCCAUCAGCAUGCACUCCUCCGUCAUCCGGAGACGCAAGCGC